AGCAUCUCAGGCAGCCAACAUCCUCAUCGAAUAAUCCACCAUCCAUCACUCGCAGAAUACCAGUGGUUUAACCGUCCGAGAAGAACCGAGCAACAGCAAUGGGGAGGUCUCCUUGCUGCGAGAAGCUGGGGCUCAAGAGGGGGCCCCUUUUCCUAGUAGUGUGGACGGUGGAGGAAGACGCGAUCCUCGUCGCUCACAUCGAGCGGCACGGGCACAGCAACUGGCGGGCGCUGCCGAAGCAGGCCGGGCUGCUGCGCUGCGGCAAGAGCUGCCGCCUCCGGUGGAUUAACUACCUCCGCCCGGACGUCAAGCGCGGCAACUUCACCGGCGAGGAGGAGGACGCCAUCAUCCAGCUCCACGCCAUGCUCGGCAACAGAUGGUCGAUGAUCGCGGCGAGGCUGCCCGGGAGGACGGACAACGAGAUCAAGAAUGUCUGGCACACGCACCUCAAGAAGCGACUUGAGUCGUCCGUCCCGGCAAGUUCGGCGCGGCGAACAACAGCCGCGCCUAAGCGGAAACCAAAGAAACCUGUGUCUCCGACCGCGCUCGAGGGCCCAACCUCCGAGCUGGUUUCGUCACCGGAGCAGUCCCUCUCCACGUCGUCUUCCGCCACCACCGACGACUCGGUGGCAACGUCGCUGGAGAGCACGAGCAGCUUCAGCUCGGACUCUGAAGAGUUCCAGAUCGACGACAGCUUCUGGUCCGAGACACUGGCAACGGCGGUGGACAGCUCCAUGGAAGCCGGCGACCCCUUCGGUGCAGACAGUGCAUCGCCGUCGUCGAGCAACGACGAGAUGGACUUCUGGGUCAGACUGUUCAUGCAGGCUGGUGACUUGCAGAGCUUGUCUCAGAUUUAGGGAGAGCGAGGACUGACCCAGUUGGCAAUCCUCUCACUUUCCUGAGGCA